GCCACGUGAGCGGCGGGCACGUGACGGCCCGGGGCGGCCAUGGCGACCUACGUGAGCGAGCUGGAGGCGGCCAAGAAGAGCCUGAGCGAGGCGCUGGGCGAGAACGUGAAGCAGUACUGGGCCAACCUGAAGCUCUGGUUCAAACAGAAGAUCAGCAAAGAGGAGUUUGACCUGGAAGCGCGCCGGCUCCUCACGCAGGAUAACGUCCACUCCCACAACGAUUUCCUCCUGGCUAUUCUUACCCGAUGCCAGAUCCUGGUUUCUGCACCAGAAGGUGCUGGAUCUCUGCCAUGGCCAGGUGGUUCUGCAACUAAACCUGGAAAACCCAAGGGAAAGAAAAAGAUUUCUUCAGUUCGCCAGAAGUUUGAUCACCGGUUCCAGCCCCAGAACCCGCUGUCAGGAGCCCAGCAGUUUGUGGCAAAGGAUCCUCAGGAGGACGACGAUUUGAAGCUGUGUUCCCACACCAUGAUGCUUCCCACACGUGGGCAGUUAGAAGGAAGGAUGAUUGUGACUGCCUACGAGCACGGGCUGGACAAUGUCACAGAGGAGGCAGUGACUGCAGUUGUUUUUGCUGUGGAGAACCAUCUCAAGGACAUUCUGACAUCCGUGAUCUCCAGGCGGAAAGCCUAUCGUCUGAGGGACGGCCAUUUCAAGUACGCCUUUGGAAGCAAUGUCAACCCUCAGCCGUAUCUGAAGAACAGUGUUGUUGCUUAUAACAAUUUAAUUGAGUGCCCUCCCAGCAGUGUGACACCCUCGGCUGGUCAGAGCCUGGCCCCGCAGCCCCCUCCUGACGAUGCUGAGCAGCAGGCAGCCCUGCUCCUGGCCUGCUCUGGGGACACCCUGCCAACCUCCCUCCCACCAGUUAACAUGUACGACCUUUUCGAGGCCUUACAGGUGAGCUCAUUUCUCCUCUUUCCCUCUCAGAUUUACAAUUCUUUGCCUUUGAUUUGUUCGGGUAACACAGUCAGCUCAUGGUUUAAUGCCUGUUCUGCUCCCCCUGGUCAGAGGGCUGAUGAGGAGAUCCUUGUCUCACAGCUAUGCAGGAAGGGUGAACUCAUCCUCUGCCAAGACUGCAGUGAUUAUAUCAGAACUGAUCUAGACAGAUUGUGACAGUGCUGCACAGCGAAAUAACUUGCCUGGCAUUUCCCUUCUUAUUCCUCGUGUUCUACCUGGGUACUUAGAGGAAUAUUUGGUCCUGGCAUGCAGGCUCCUGCUAUGGUCACUCUAACCAUAUCUGAGGUAGACUACGUGAAUCUUCAGUGGAGAUUUAUGCCCGUGGUUCCCUCCUGCUCUGGCAGCUCUGGGGUCAUUGAGACUGCUUUGGAUUUCUAAAAUUCGCUGUGAGAAGUUCCCCUUGAUGAUCUCUGCUGUUGUGAACAGGCCUUGGCAUUUUGUCUCACAGCUGUAAAGACAGACCACAGAGCCGUAAUCAAACAUUCAUCUCGUGUUUAGUCAGAUGGAAUUGUUGUUUCCAAGGGCUUGAUGACAAAUUACUGCUUGUCAUCCCAAGAGCAAAACAAUGAUUUCCUUAUCAUGCUACUCCCUUCCAAAGUGGUGUAACAGGUGGUUGUGCUGUGGUGGCUGGUGUGGCAGUGCUGGCAGGAAGCAGCUCUCCGUGUGAGACAGCCUGCAUUCCCACUCUGCAGGGCUGGCACUCGCAGCAUCCUGUGGUAGAGGGGGGUUAUUCCCUGGGCAACGUAAGGAAAUGUGGAUGAAAGCAUGAAACUUGUUUUCUGACAUCUAU